GUGACCGUAGGCUCAACCAAUCACGUUGUAGGAGAGGAUGGGAGUCACGUUGUAAGUGGUGUGUGGUUUUGGCUACAUUAUAAGUAAGUACUGAAUAGUGGGUGAUGUGUUGUUUUUAAAAGUGUUUCACAAAAUUUAACUUUGAAACUGUUGUAUGGAAUACUAUGUGAUAGAACUAAGUGUCAAACUUCCAAACUAAUUUAGUAAGGGACAUUAAAACUGUAAAAUUGUUUUCCUGUGCCCUUGUGGUAGACCUUUAUAUAGACCUAAAGAAGUUUAUGAAUAAUUGUCAUAUCAUUAAAAUAAAGGUCAUACAGAACACACAGGGAAUAGGACACAGUUCUUGGUAAUUCAUGAAGAAAGCCUACACAUGAUAAGUGUGUUGUUUUAAUAUGGGAUCAAACAGUAUUUUAUUCUAUAUUCAUAUCAUAAUAAAUAAUACUUAGACAUGAUGAAAGACCAUCCAAAACACACAGUGCACUGGUUCCGUAAAGGUCUCCGGCUGCAUGACAAUCCCAGCCUCCGUGCUGGUUUAAAGGGAGCCACUACCUUCCGGUGUAUAUUUAUAUUGGAUCCAUAUUUUGCUGGUUCUUCAAAUGAGGGCAUUAACAAGUGGAGGUUUCUGUUACAAUGUUUGGAAGAUCUAGACAACAGUCUUCGCAAAUUGGGAUCUCGUCUUUUUGUGAUAAGAGGCCAACCUACAGAGGCUCUACCCAAACUGUUUGAGGAAUGGAAAACAACAAACUUGACAUUCGACUAUGAUCCAGAGCCAUUUGGUCGCAAGAGAGACAGACACGUCAGGGAGAUGUGUUCGAGUAGUGGUAUCUCCGUAACAUCAUACGUCUCUCACACACUCUACAACCUAGACGAUAUCAUCGCUAAAAACUAUAACCAGCCUCCACUGACGUACCACAGGUUUCAGGAGGUGGUUGAAUUGCUUGGUCGUCCACCUUCAGCCGUGGGAGAUAUAGAUCCCUCCUUCAUUGGGUCUGCUUACACUCCACUUUGUGAUAAUCACAAUGAAAGAUACGGAGUACCAAGUCUUGAAGAACUUGGUUUUGAGACUGAACAGCUAGAAUCCCCUGUGUGGCAAGGAGGAGAAACUGAGGCACUAGCUCGGCUAGAACGCCACCUUCAGCGCAAGGCCUGGGUGGCCAGCUUCGCUAAGCCCAAGAUGUCUCCAUCUUCUCUGCUUGCCAGCCCAUGUGGCCUCAGUCCUUAUCUUAGGUUCGGUUGUCUCUCCACUCGGACCUUCUACCAUCAACUCACUCAACUCUAUAAGUCUAUUAAAAAAGAUGACCCACCACUCUCACUUCACGGACAGUUGCUCUGGAGGGAAUUUUUCUACUGUGCAGCAACAAAUAACCCAAAAUUCGACAAAAUGAUUGGAAACCCCAUCUGUGUACAAAUCCCUUGGGACAAGAAUGAAGAAGCACUGGCAAAGUGGGCAAAAGGAAAGACUGGCUUCCCGUGGAUUGAUGCAAUCAUGGUUCAACUACGGCAGGAAGGGUGGAUUCACCAUCUGUCGCGGCAUGCAGUUGCCUGCUUUCUAACCCGGGGGGACUUGUGGAUCUCAUGGGAAGAAGGCAUGAAGGUCUUUGAAGAUUUACUUCUUGAUGCUGACUGGUCAGUGAAUGCAGGAUCCUGGAUGUGGCAUUCAAACAGCUCCUUCUUCCAACAAUUCUUUAGUUGUUACUGUCCAGUUCGAUUUGGUAGAAAAGCUGAUCCCAAUGGAGAGUUCAUAAGGAAAUACUUGCCAGUUCUUAAGAACUUCCCGACUGAACACAUACAUGACCCUUGGACGGCCUCAGAAGAUGUUCAGAAAGCUUCAAAUUGUGUAAUUGGCCGUGAUUAUCCUGUGCCUAUGGUGAAUCAUAGUGAAAUCAGUGCCAUCAAUAGCCAGAGGAUGAGACAAGUCUUCCUCCAGCUGAAGAAAUACCGUGGCCCUGGUAACGGUUACUCAGUUCCAACUGGCCGAGGACUGUUCACAUUCAACAAUCCACUCCGUAUAAAGGCGGAGUAUAACAUGGAUCUCAGUUCAAAUAAGGAAAACGUGUUUUGUUUUAAUGAAGAUGACAACAGUAAUAAUGCAUUGUACCAGUAAUACUUGAGGUUAAAGGUAAAGAGAGAAAGUAUUAUAAGCAGCAAGAUAUAUAUAUAUAUAUAUAUAUAUAUAUAUAUAUAUACAAAAUUAAAAUAAUUUAAAGAAUAUAAAUAGACCAAUAAAAUAAAAUAACGUUCAACAAUAACAACAGUACUGAUUUUCUUCUCCGUGUAGAUUUCAGAAAAUUAUAAAAUAAUCUGAAGUAUUUAUAUUUUGUCUAAAUAAUUUAUAAUAAAAUUCAAAACAUUUAUUUUUUUGAGGUUCAGAAUAGGACUUCCACAGCAUUUUAUUCAUAAGGUCUAUUAUAACUGAGUACUCCAAAAGAGCUAAAACAAUGAUUUUAUAUCUAACAGUUAUUAUAAAUCCAAAUUAUAUUAUAUGUCUAAAUUUUUAGUAGUUAACAUUACAUUAUUCACAAUCAAUAGCUUUAACCCCUUAACUGCUGAGUUUUUAGCUGUAGACAACAAUAUGCUUUAUUAACAAUAUCAUCAAGACAUGUUACAGGAUCAAACAGUUUAUACAUGUGAAUUCUGUUAUCAAAUGAGAGGUUUAUUUAAGAUUCGUCAUUCCAUGAGAAAAACUCAUUGAGUGUGUAUUAUGUGUGGUCUUGCAGCCAACACCGUAGGGUUCUCUUUAUAGAUUCUGGGCUGGGUUGUCUUUCAGAUUAUCUGGUAGCUUGUUGAACAGUUUUGUUCCAGCAUAUGAUGGUUUUUCUCGAACAGUGCUGUUGUAUGGACUGGUAAAGUGUAAUCCCCUGCUAGUCUAGUGUAAUGGCAGUGUAGGCCUCUUUGUUUUGGAGGAUCCUUAGUUAUGCAGUAAAGUAUGUAUGGUUUCUAGGAUGUAAGUGGAUGUUAUUGUCAAUAUUUUCCAGUUUUUGAAACUUUUUCUGCAGCUCUCUCUAGGUUCUAUUUCAGCCAUUAAUCUUAUUGAUUUUUUCUGUAUCACCAGAACUCUGUGUAGAUUGCCACCUGGAGAAGGACCCCAUACUGCUGUUCCAAAAGUAAGGUGACUAAAAAAUAACACUGAUAUGCUAUUCUCAUGGCUUCAUGAGUACUAGUUGUCUUGGUUCUCUUUAAUGCAAACAAUGCUUCAGCCAGAGGCUAUCUAUAUGGUUUAUCCAGCACUUGUUCUUGUCAAGUAUUAUGCCAAGAUGGUUAACUGCAGCUAAAAUUAACUAAAAGUGCAUUACAUUGAUUCCCACCUGGUUGUGUUAUUGAAAACAUGACACUGUCCACACAUUGUUGCUUUCUUUUCUGUUGGCUGAUCAAUCAUCCAGGUGAUGGAUGUCCUCCUUUAUUCUUGGGUCUGGGCCAAUAGUUGGUGAACUACUUUAAUAUUAGUUAUUGCAACUAGUUCCUGCCAUACUGAAGUACAAAUAAAAAUGUAAAACACUAAACUCAUGAUUGCAAAGGGAAACACAAGGAAAACAUCAUUCUGUUUUGAAAAACGGCUUAUAAAGACGCACAGUAUGGUUUGGUAAUAGUUCCUAAAUCUGCCCCUAGAGUGAUAUAUCAAUCAAACAGCAUUACCAAGGGUAUAACUUAUUACAAAUAAACACCACUAGAGUCAAUUAAAAUUCAUUUCCAGCUGUCUUGCAUUGUGUAACCAGACAGUUGUUUGCAAACUGGCAUGGCAGUUGACUGCAAACCUGGAUUGUACAUGUUAACAUGGGCAUGGUAGUUAUGGGGUUAGCCAAAUAUAUUAUUAUUAUUUUAUUUUUGUUCUCUUGCAUUUCUAAAAAUGUAUCCAAAUUAUAUUUGAUUUCUUUUUUUUAGUUAUUUUCCUCGAGUGAUCAAUAGCACUUCCUUUAUGAAAGGAAGAUUUCAAUAAGAAAAACUUUUAUUUUAUAUCUCUAAUUCAGUAUUAAAUUUAUUUGCUGUAAUAACUGCCUCUAAAACUGGGGCAAAUAAUUACAUUAGUUUAAGGUUUAUGUUGUAAUAAAAAUAAUACUUUUUAUUCAUGUUUUUGUCUUAUAAUUUAUACAAUUCUAAUCAUUACCCAUACUUUGUAUAUUGGUAUUCUCUCUUGUGUAACAAUACAUCAUUUAUAAUGUUUAUUGCAUUGUAUAGUUUUAUUUUUUGAAAUUCCAAACAUUUAAUUCAUAUAUGAUUUGUUUAUAACCACAGCUAACAACAACCUACCAUCAACUAAUUAAAUGUUAUCAGUAUCUUUAUCUUUGAGUAGAUAACCAGAUCCAGCAACAACAAUUUUACGCAUGUUGAGUCAGGCUUUUGAUAUGUCAAUAUGGAAGAAGUUAAUUUAUACAUUGUCAUAAACUUGUCAUUAUAACUGAUGUGGACAAGGAGGGAAGCAUAUAAUACACCAUGGUAUCAGAGCAGAUUUGGAUCACAAACAACAUUACCUUUCCAGUAAACAUCAUAUCAAAUGUUUCCUUCGUAGUUCAACUUAAAUUGAGUUUAAUUGCAUCAACUUUCAUUAGAAUCUUAAUGAAACGUUUUACAUUUUGUAAUAUACUAGAGUCGUAUGUUUUCAAGUUAUUAUUUUUUUUACAUAGUUACCAUUUCAUUCUUUCUAAAGGUAAUCAUUUACCUAGUUGUUUUCUUGCUUAAUAAAGCCUUAUUGUAGUUAAAUGUUGAUUUGUAGAAUUUGACAAAAAUUUAAUUUAAAAAGUGACUUUUAAGAUCGUUUUUAAAAUGCUGCAUAAUUUGCUAACAUGUAAUAUUCUAGAGCUGAACAAGAUAUUGUUUUGAACACUAUUUGUUAUGAGGUUGAGAGAUGGUGAGGACUUGGCAGCCCUAACUCUGCCUCUUGAAUAAAGGCAUUUCUAAUUUCAAUUAUAUAUGAAUUCUUGAAGAGAAUUCACUAGCAGUAAUACUGGAAUUGCCUAUCCUAUAAUUGGUAACAUCGACUGUAAUUCUAAAAAUGUAAUAUACCAAAUUAAUUGCAAGUUUUGCUCCAAGCAAUACAUUGGCCAAACAUCUAACCAUUUAGGAAUUUGUAUGAUAGAGCAUACGUUUCAUAUUUUCCAUCAAGAUAAAGAAAAACCAUUGACAAGAUACUGUCUAGAACAUAAACAAGACAAAAUUGAGGAAUGUUUUACAUUAAAAGAAGUACACCAAAUACCACCAAGCCCUGAUGAAAAUUAAUACAAAUUAAAAUUAGAGCACAUGGAGCAAGCUCAUCAAAUCAUGUUGAAGACAAAAAAUCCUUUUGGUCUAAAUUUAAGAUAACUUUUUAAAUAAAUUUUAUAGAUUCAAAAUUUGUCAAAAACUACAUGUAUUAUUCCAUCCUUUACAAAAAUCAACUGUUCCACCAAGAUUAAAUUAAAAAACUUUUAACGUCAGCUG